AUGGCGGUCGAUCCCCCAACGCGAAGUCCGGAGAGCGUGGCUGCUGCCAUCGACAAAUGCGACGAGGGCACUCUUCGACGCCUGCUGCAGACGGUCAUUCGCAAGGUGCCCGACUGCCGGCGCAAGAUUGCCCAGGACUACGGCCUGGCUACCGAGCUCUAUCAAGUUUCCGAGGAAGAGAGGCAGAAGGCCACUGCCGAUCAGUACAGCGAGGUGAAGACUAGCACCAAGGACGACAGCUUCUCUUCUGAUCAUCUCGACUUCUGCGAGAGGGCGAAGUUCGUGCCCAUGAGGCUGACGUACGAUGAGCGGAAAUACCUGCGGCUCAUCGACGCAACCAUGCACGUGUCGCACUACACGGAUCACAUGGACACAGCUGCUAGCGUCAAUGCCAACGCUGCAAGAAAGCUGGCGCCGGUGGCUCAGACACUGAAGACGCACAUCAACCAAGAGCUUGAACCAGGCGGUGCCAGCUCCGACUCAGAUGGCUCCGUGGACUGCGAGGAGGACGUUUACCUGGACAAUGAGUCGGAGAUGCCCAGCAAAGCGUCGUCCUCCUCCGAUGGGCUGCGCCGAAGAGCGGCAGCGCCCGUUAAGCGCGUGGAGGAAGCGCAGGCGGACGCCUCGGAUGAGGAGGCGGACGAGGAGGAGGAGGACGAGGAGGCCCGCAAGCGGCGGCUGCAGGCUGGCCGCACCGACAUCCUCGGCAUGGACGGUUGCGCCUUAUUCUGCUUCAUCUGGCUCCUCACCACGGGUGUCCUUUUCUCGAUGCUGUACUUCAGCAUCUGGGCCCGUGAUCGCAACUUCUUCGCGCCGCUUCAGCGCACCAGGGUCGGCAAAUUCUUCCACGGCGGGGUGGCAGCGAUUCUUGAAUGA